CAUGUUUGGCUCCCAUUUUCACUUUGGCAAAAACACGCAAAGAUUGAAUCUUCAUCUCCGACAACAAUCACUCACGCCUCAUUCAUCUGUAAUUCAACAAACACAAUGGAGAAAAUGAUGAACAUAAUUAAGCCUAAAGCCAAUCCCCAGCAACAGUUAAGAGAUUGGCAACGCAGACUUCGUCAAGAAUGUCGCAAUAUUGAGCGCCAAAUCCGAGAUAUAGAGAGAGAAGAGAAGAGUGUACAAAAGGCGAUUAAAGAUGCUGCUAAGAGGAACGACAUGGGUUCUGCUAAGGUGCUUGCUAAGGAAAUUGUGAGAUCUAGAAAGACAGUAAACCGCCUUUAUGAAAAUAAGGCACAAAUGAAUUCAAUAUCGAUGCACCUUGGUGAAAGUGUAGCCAUUGCUCGCACAGUGGGCCAUUUGUCGAAGAGUGCUGAAGUCAUGAAGCUUGUGAAUAAUCUCAUGAAGGCUCCAGCUGUUGCCGCUACAAUGCAAGAGUUUAGCAAAGAAAUGAUGAAGGCAGGGGUGAUUGAGGAAUUUGUGAACGAUGCUGUCGACAGCGCGUUGGACUCGGACGAUAUUGAAGAUGAAAUUGAGGAAGAAGUUGAUAAGGUCUUGACUGCUAUAGCCGGCGAAACCGCUGCACAGCUACCAGAAGCAGUUAGGAAGCAGAGAGUGAAGCAGUCAGCUGGAACAGCACAAGAGGAAGACGCAAUUGCGGAGGGCGCAGAUGAUGAGGAAGAACUAGAAGAAAUAAGGGCCCGUCUUGCCAAAGUUCGGUCAUAAUGUGAGGAUUAGUGUAUUAUCUGAGCAUAACCAUUGAUCGCAAUGCAACUGCUGCCGACUGAUAAUUAUUUUACGGAGUAUAUGAGAUGAAAGAAAUCAGUGUGUCAUAUUGAAAUCGAGAUGUAUCCUAUAUGUAUCAUACCUAACUUGCAGUUUCAGGCAUUGAUCCGGUGCCAGUUGUACACAUUUUGUAUAAAAAAGAAUACUCUCGUGUUGGAAUAAACCAUUCGUUGAGCUCUAUUAACGCUAUGGUCGUAUGUAAAUCUAGCCAGAUUUGGUGCAUAUUUUUAAUGCAUGUGCUGUGUUCUCAGGUUCUUUUUA